AACAAAUCUUCGGCAGGUGUACAACAGCUUGAUGCGAAGUUAAGUUACCAACAUGACUUGCGGAGGUUUUGUGGGUAUGUUUUGUGAUUGUUAUAUUUGGAGUUGAUGAUUGGACAAAACUUUACUGGUAGGAUAAGAACACGUAAGGGUUUAAGGUAAUUUUUCUUUUGAAAUCAUUCCGAAUCCUGACUGAACGGUAUAAUAAUCGUGGCUAGAAAGAUAUGUUAGUUUUAGGCGGGGAAUUAGCUUUGAUCACCGUACAUUGCUUCAGGAUUCUAGAUCUGCGCUAUUUAGAUUUCGAGCGAUUGGAAAAUUGAUCUUUUUGCCAUUCCGUUAAUCGUAUGACUGAAUGACAUUCGAACUGGACGAUUAAAAAUAAAAUCUUUUUGCAAUAGCCCUUUCCAAAAAAUUGUACUCGGUUUUGGUAUUCUAUUUUAAAUGCUUAUUAUUUCCCGUUAAAAAUACAGAAAAAAUAAAAAUAAAAUGUCCGUGUGAAUAAAAUAUUCACCUCUUUUUCAUUCGAACAUAAAUGAAACGUUCUGUCGUUCGGAAUUCGGAUUAAGUAACAGUAAUUCGUCGUUUGCGGUAGGUCAUCAAAACACAAAACCGCUUAAAUUUUACUUAAAAACACAUUGCUGGCCGUAAUAUCAAUAGUAAUUAAAACACCAGACCGAUUCAACUAAACUUACUUUAGAAAUAAUUCGUUUGAGAAAGCCGAAGCUGAUUUGGAAAUUUAUCUUUUUCGAAUUAUUGGUUUCUAAACCUUAACUGUUCCCUGCUGUUUUGGUAACAAGAAUCAAUCGUUUCAACGAAACACGAACCAUUGUAAGGAGCGUGUUAAUUAUGGGAGGUAAAAAUAUGUAAAGUUAAAUUGAGCUUUUCGUGAAGCUGGUCUGAAAACAACGAACCAAUUAGCUAAAUUGAUCACAAAAACACCUCAUGUAAAAAAUUUUUUUCCGGACUUUUAGCAACAGAUGAAUUUUGAAUUUAAAUUUGAAUUGCAUUUAUUUAUUUAUUUAUUUUUUUAAUGAAACACCAAAAUUCUGCUCCAAUCAUAAGGUAGAAAUAGAUUUUUUUUUAACGAAACAUCCACCUGCAUUGUUUGUUUCGUAAUUAACAAAUAUAAAUUUUUGGCUCACGCGAUUUCUUGGCAAUUUCAGCCAUGCAUUACCACUCAUAGGAGUCACUUGAACGAGGUAACAAUAUUUUGAAGCAGCAGGAAAAUUCUUAGGAAGCCCAAUUAUGUAACAGAUGUACGACUCAUUGGCGCAGACUGAAUAUAUUUAAAUUGGGUAAGCUUGGAAAACACAGGCUAUUUUUUUUAGUAGUACUGAAAAAGGUUUUGAUAUUUCGAAUUCACGAAGCCUUCCUUGUGUAGUUAUUUCUAUGUGGGUUUGACCAUGGCAAUUCAAAACCACUAGUUUUACGUUUAAAUGUUUAAGGCUUAUAAUUCAUCUUUUAAAACAAUGAUUACCUUGAAUACCCUGAAUUAAGCCGCUUUCACCCAAAGUCUCUUUUGUAGAUAUCGUGGAGAUUUCUCAAAAUAACGAUGGUCGGUUUAGCUCCUACUUCUUAAAACACUUUUUUUAUCUUUUCCGUAAGUAGCUAGAUUGCGGCGAAAUAUGCAAAAAAAAAACGUAUUUCAUAUUCAUUAAUUUUUGCAACAUGAGAGUGUACUGUAGGGUAUUUAUUUCAGUAAACAGAUCUUUCCUUGGUAAACAAGGCUGGUGAAACAGUACGCAAACCAGAGCAAAUACGCAAAGAGGUAUUUUCAUUCGGUUUACUUAGAGAUUAAAACAAAAGUCUCAAGUCUGACUAACAAAUCAAUCAAAAAAGAGACUAUCGCAAGCUGAACUCAAAAUUAAUAAUCAUGGAAUAUUCGGUUGGUGGGAAACUCACCCGCCGGUUAUUUACACCAAGGAAAUUAGAAUUUUCUGAAUUUAAUGAAAAUCAUAUAAAAAUGUCAGGGAAACACAAUUAAAAAAAAGACUGGCCAAUUUUGUUUCCAUGCAUUAUGGUAGUUAUAUAUAGUUUAUGUCACAAAACUAAGGCCAAGUUCCGCGGCGUUCAAAAAGUGAAUCAUUGGAUCUAAUAGCGCUCUUUGUUGGGAAAAAUUUUCGAUUAAUUUUAUCGGGAAAUUUGGAAAUUUAUCAAAUGGAAGGAACAAAUGUCAUAUUUGUUAAAACAAAACGAGUUCACUUAUCUCAGAUUCGCUUUGUUUAAACACACCCUCGCGGAUAUUUUGUCUUUUAUGCUGUACUGACAAAAUUUUCAGUUAGCAAUAGGCGAACACCAUCAAGUUAAUCUCUCUGGAUUAGACAACAGAUCCGUAAAUUGACUAAUUGCCAUGGGUGGAAAGAUUUUUAAUUAUGAAGAUAAAUAAACGCUAUGUUCCCAAAGCCUCUUGAUAAAUGAACGCAGCAUAACGUUUCAUUUUUGUUGGGUAAGGCAGAGGAACGUAGGAGACAUAAAAAAACAACUUGGAAAAAGCAUUGGACUAAAAGUACUUAGCUAUCCAAUGCAACAAGAAAAUACAAGGUAAAUGGAAUAAGAAAAUCUCUGUUCACUUUCAUGGACAGAGUAGAAGUCGAGAUGGAUUAUAACGCAGCAAUCUUUGUUUUUUUUUUUGUAAAGAAAGGGGCUUAGUUAUAACUGAAAUAUUUACAUCCUAAGAGUUCUUUCAGUCAGUACCUCCUCUUUAAAUUUUGGCUGUAAGUAUGAAAAAUAUAUUUAAAACAUGUGGAGUGAAGAGAGAGACUUUGCUUAAGUUUCAGGGCUAGAUAUAUGCUCUCACGACCAUAGAACAGCUAAAAAUUAGGAUUAAAUUGGCUGAUGUUUUGUGCUUAAGUAUGAAUUUCAUUUCUUUAAAUUUUGUCCGUUUACGAUCUGUAUGAGCUUUGAAAUAGAGUAGGACUAAUGCAAUUUUAUAUCCUUUAGAAGGUCGGUCGUCUUGUUUAUUAAUCACGUUUUUCCGUGUAAAUCGAUCGCUUUUAUCUUGGCAGAUGCAAAGUCCGUCUAGAGCUUAUUACCCUGGCUUGAUACCUUUGUCCGUUGAAAUAGAUAAGGCAAGCAUGGCAAUCAGAUAGUCCGAAGAAAUAAAAAACUUUGUGUUUCGAAUGGACGAACCAAAAAGUUUUCUUGUAAGAAUAUGCAGGAGACCUUUAAACAGACAGCCUUUGAAAUUGAAUGACACAGCGGAGAACUGUCUAUUUCUUAGAGUAUUGGACUACAAGUUUAGGAUCAAUAAGUUUUGACGCUUUCGCGUGUAACUCCGAUUAUUAUACAUUAUACUUCAGACUUACUGCAGUUUGAAGUCGACAUUAUAACCCAAUAUCUGCGGCAGAUAUUGGGUUAUCAUGUCGAAUUCAAAGUCUGCUUAGCCUACAAGCCUUUCGUCUCAAACUUCUGCAAUUGCAGUGUUUUAUUUGCAGAUUGUUCAAAAACUGUUCAAUAAAACAGCUUUUAAAUUCGGUUUUCAUGAAUUAUCAAACCUCGUAUCGUCUGCUUCAGCCUUCGGCUUCGGCAAAUAACUCAGCUCAACUCGACAUUGAUAAUUCAUUGAUAAUGCACGAUUUUUGAAGACAGUCGGCAGUCAAUGUCGUAGGCACUAUCAGGUCUGUGACCGACCCUUUGCGCCCGCGGUUUGGAAAGUGAAGAUUGGGAAAUAGUUAUCUGCCUGCAGUUCCACCAUCUUUGGAUUAGUAAAUAUUUCUUCAUCUGCGUAGAGUCAUCUAUGAUGUUUGUAACUUUAGCUGCGGCUUAUUUGUUUGUUAACUGAAUGUAAUUCUCGGAAUUUGUCUUACAUCGAUCAUUAUACAGCAAUCACGUUUUGUGGUUGUUCAAUCAAUAAACCUGUUCAUACAGAUAUCCUCCAUAACCUGCAAGAUGAAUUAUUUGCAAUCCGGCCGGAAACCUUUACUGAAAAGGUUCCUAAUUAUCAAUCGUAGCCUUAAUUGGUAACAAUGAAUGAUGUUGAGGCAGAAUGUUCUAUCCCUAAUACAUAUUUUCACCGGAUCUCGCCCACUGUACUUUGGACAUCCGAACAGUGGAGAUGCUAUAAAACACCCUAAUCGAGGUGAAAGUUUUUAUUCCACUCUAAUCCGAAUUCUGUCAGUAUUAAUCUUUACUUAUGAUUGUUAAUGAACGGGAGGUAUCACUAUUGAAUAAAGAGCGACAUAAUUUUAUAAAAUAAUUAUAACGUUGGACUCAUACAGAGCAAAUAAAUGGUGUAAUUUACUUUAUUGAUUUUCUUCGCUGUUAGUCAAACGGGGUCCUAAUUUUAUUUCAUGAGCAACUCGCAGUAAUCAACGGUAAUGUUUUUCCUUCCUUGUUUAGUGUUCCUACUUGACACAAGAUCGAAAGAAUUAGAGACUGGAAUAUUUUAAAAUCUUUUUCGAAAGCUUUAGUUUGCGAGAAUUUUUCUGCGAUGAAAAUUGGAAAAAAAAUUGGUGGGAAACCACAAGAUGUUAUCAUGGUAUGAUGAAGUUCACCAAAAUUAGAAGAAACAAAUAAAGGAAAAAAUUUUAAUUAAGGAUGGAGAAGAUUGAAAAGGAUUGUGAAUUGUACACUUGAUAAAAUAUAGACGAAGUUUUUCAAGUCACAGAAACCAAGAUGUAGCUGCCAAGCGGUUGAGUAAGCUCCCACUGGGAGUGCUUGAAUGGCGGGUUUGUAAAUACAGUGGUGCAUGGUUCGUUUGCUGGGUUUUUUCUUUCAAGUUCAGAUUUAUAUUAACUAAAAAUAAUCAACUGCUGCUUUGCGAACCCUUACCUUGCGUUCUACGUUUCAAGAACCUCUCUGUGAUGGAUAUACUUUUAUCAGUUUACGCUGGAUUCUAAAUCAAGAAAAUAUUUAACCUCAAAUGUUUGAGACUUAACGAGCGCUCAUGGUUUUUAAUCAUCCCGACAACAGCCAAAGAUUAUAAAGCCAGAGCAUCGUCUGACCUUUCCUGGCCUUGAUUCCUCUUUCCCAGAAUCGUUUUUUUACAAAUGUCGAAACAUCUAUUCAGAUGAGAUUAAUACAUCUUCGUGUUAGACGAUCCUGUUUUCAGGGAAACUCCUACAACGAUAUUGACCAAUAAAAGGGUGGUGCUUCAAACUUUGACGCAAAAAAUAACUCUGAUUCUUGUUCUAAAAGAAGUAUGGGUUUGAAAUUAUACAGAAAUCUUCUCAUUUGACAAAACAGGAUAAUUUUUCAUUUUUAACGAUCGUGCUACAGUCAGAUGUAGCAUGUUCUACUUAAACGGAGAAGAAAUGAAAGUCACUAAAUAAUGAAUGACUAAUUAAUCCCCAAGGAAGCUUUUAAGCACUUGAAAUAUUGACAUACAUUUUACUGAUCUGUUUUAGAAGCUUUUGGAUGAAACGAAAGUAGUUUAAGGCAAACUACCCAACGGGUUCUUAGUAUUUCGCUGCAGAGUACUGGAAAGCGGUCGUCCGUCCUUUUGACGUGUCGAUACCUCGUGACGUUUGUUAAGGUAACACUGUUUUUUUUUUUCUUUUUAAUUUACCUAUGCAUGCCUAAGAAUCGGUAUCCUUUAAUAGAAGGCCUUAACUGGAGGCUAUGAGCUUAGGUCUUUAUUUCCAAUAAAGUUAACACAUGUUUAAAAAAACACAACUCUUUUCCCUAAAUUGAAAACCAAUUUGAUAACCUCGCUCUGAGUUUUCAUUCGGUGACAAAAUGUUGUCUGAAAGCCAAAGGAAAAUCCUACAGGCAGAAAUCGGUUGCCCAGCAGUCGAGUUCAUGCAUCUGAUGGUAUUUAUAACCAAGAUUAAAACAGAACUUCGAGAAAUGUUGAUGUUGGUUUCAUCGAAAGAGCGCCAAGCGCGCUCGGAAAAAAAAAUCUAAAUUACCUAAAAUUUUUCAUCUCGUGAUAUCGAACUCGAAUCGAAGGAAACCCUUAAGAGCCCAGCUCUAUGGUAAUGUAGAGCGGUAAAAAGUAAAGAUAUGAAGAAAAUUAAUUUGUGGUUGUAACCAAAAAGAUCAAUCUGCUCUCUAUUUUUCGGCUUAAUAAACGAAAUAGAUGAUGCCAAAUUUUCCCUUUUUUAAAACUGUUUUUCCUUUUAAUCAUGAAUAUAAAUUGCGCUUAUUACAAACAAACAAAAUCGAUGAAUAAAAAGCUUAAAUUGCGUCCUUGUGUGGCCCAGUGACUGUAUCAGAGUUUCGUGCGUUUUUCCAUAUUUUUUUUAUUAUUCAUGUAAAGAACUGAGGAGAAAGGAAAAAAAAACCUUUUUGAUCUCAAUCAUUUUCGUCCCGAAGCAGGUUCGUAAAUAACAUCAGCCAAGAAACGUUGUAUUCUAAAUUUGGUAGCUGUCAAGCCAGUGAACGUAUGGGAGCCAAGUUUGCCAUGAGAUUUGCCUGUCGAUCAAUGUCAGCUUUCAUAAUUUGUAGCUUACGCAAUCGAGCUAUCUUAAGCUAACAUCAUAAUCACUCUAGCUAGGUUGAAGCUCAGCGAUGCGUCAGUGAUGACUGAAGGAUGUGCAACGAAAAGUAUAAAAGAGGAAAUGCGGUAGAAGAUCUUCCAAAAAAUAAAAUAUCAUGGUAAAAGGAGUCGUCUCAGAUGUAAACUGUUAGUUUAAUUUCGAAUUAUAUUGAUCUUCAAACAUGGGAAAGUUGCUGUUGCAAUAACCAAUUUGAGAGAUAUCAUAACUUGUUUCGAGGUUUCAAAAAAGGAAAAGGAAAUAUCAGUUAUAAAUAUUUCAUCAAAUAAAGCAGCUGAAGAAUAACCGCCCACUAAGUGGUUAACAAAUUAUCAACUUGGCGACGUGUUGUCCUUUUGUUCAUGAUUCACUCUUUAGAAAAAAUUGAAGUUCCAGACUGAGCGACUCAGGCGCUUUUUCAAUCAAACCCUAAUUAGAUUUUUAAAAAGGUUACCGAGAGCAUGAUGAUUUUCCCUUCCAUAAACCCUACCCCCUCCUUUCGCCCCAAUAAAUUUCUCUCACGUUCCUUAUCCAACUACAAAAACUCCUGUUACCAACAUGUUACACAAAGAUGAUGCAAACGGACUUUAAUCUGUUGCGUAUAGACCAAUAAAUCGUGCAAGUAAAAACUACUGCACAACUAGACCACCCAAUUCGUCGGCCUGUCACAUCUGAUUGUCGUUCAGCGCUAAUCGCAAAGAGAGUCAACGAUUUCUCAAAGUUCAAUCGUUAGAUAUAUCCCUGCCGGCUUUGCUCACAAGUUCCGCCACCGGCCCAACCAGUCGUCAUUUCCCCACUUCCAAAAGUAUUUUUGGCCCCUUCCUUGUGAUUUCGUUCAAAUUAAAAUCGUGUUGUUUGCGCAAUUAUUGUGGCAACCAAUUGAUGACACGUCUAACGUCAGCGACAAAACGGAGACAAGGAAAAUGAUUUCCUGAAUAAUUUUUGUAGAAAAUCUUUUGUUCAGUUCAUUUUAAUCAAGUCGGAAAAACUACCUACUGAUCUUUACGCCAAUGGAAAUUGGCCAAUUAUAAGUCUUAAAAUUCCAUUCUUAUUGGUUCUUGACACUGAUCAGAACUGAAUAUACAAGACCGUCGCCUAAAAAGUAUUUACUUUUCAUUAAAAAAUUAAAAUUCAGCCCAUCAGAACGAGACAGAAACACUGCGCAAUUCUGAGGACCUUAAAGACUAUCUGCAUUUUAGUCAGACUAAAUAAGCCCACUCACUAAUUUAGUAAACUUUGUAUUGGCUUGAAUUUCGUAAAAGUCCAUUAUCACCUGCUUACCAUUAUAAAAGAGGAUCGUGUUUCAACACUGUUUGACGUGAGGUAAACUUUAUGUAAUACGUUAUGAUAAUCCCGUGUUCAAGGAUAAAAAACGAGAGUUCUCUCAUCUUUGCAUCUGGAGCUGGUUUAACAGUGAGUACCUAGUUAAAAAAGCGCAAAGAAUAACAGUAAGACUCGUAUUAAUUUUAAAUUUUUAGUGUGAAGAUAUUGCUCCAGCAUUCAGUCUACUUCUGGAGUACAUCCAUACUCCUAUGUUCAUAUUAAUAUCAGCUUGCAGCUUGGAGGAUUAUGCUUAAGUAUACACAAACGCUAACAUUUGUUAGCUUCGGUUUAAAUCACUGGAAGUUAUAUUGCUGUUUAAUUUCCAUUUUUUAAUCAUGAAUUCGUUUGAACACGUUUACUUCUUCUACAUUACCUUAGCAGUAAUAAUACGCUGACAGUAUCAAGUCGAAAGGCACACGUACACAUUUCGUUUGAGGGGACCGUCAACAUGGGCGACUUUAAGACUUGUCUCUGCUAUUAGCACCUUCGCAACUGCAUGUAAUGUUUUUACGUGAAUGAGAUACCGCGCUCAGGGAAUGUGAUUUACAGCCAAACAUUAUCGCAAUGCAAGAUUAUUCACUAGCAGAUGCUUCCUAUGGCAAGGAAUUGAAUAUUCGUACCUUGCUCGAUAGGAAACUCCUGCGAUUUUCAGACUUCGACUAAAACGUGUAAGUGUCUUCUUAGCUCUCUUAAAAUUUCCUAGCUUUCAUAUAUUGAAAAGAACUUAGCCGGGGCACUUUAUUAAGCGGAAACCAUGAACGUAACAACCUGCAUCCUUUGUAACUUUUAACAGCGGAAGUUGUUCUUGAGUAAACUCGAUCAUUCAACACCACUUCGAUUGUAGAACAGGAACUUGGUUCACCUCUUCCUACUUUUUUUCUAAGGUCUAAUUUCUUCCAAUGUCGUGUUAUCGGCCUACAUCUAGUUUACAUCAACUACUGAAAAAAGAUCCGUUUCAAAUAGGGCGAAUAGCACUUGAUGAUUUUACGUCUAGGAUGUUAUGUUUCGGUCAUUAGCCUCUGUCAGAGGCGUUUACAACGUUGAUUCCAAGAGUUAUUACUCAACGCGCGAUGGUCUUUGCGCUUCGCCGCUACCAUAUGCAUCCUUUAUUGGUUGGUUCAAAAAGCUGAAUGAAUGCAAUUGGGAACUACCUGCAUGCACAGAGGGUCUGAGAUGAUUUAUAACAUGCAAAAUUUUGCGAAAUUUAGUUGAUUAAGAAAACUGAUGGGAAAUUCCUAGUCAAUUUCAGCAUUGUGUUAAGAGAAAAAAUUUACUGAAAAGACUUCCUUGCAUUUUCAAUUAAUUGAUAAACAUGAAUUCAAUAUGAUUUAAUUUGAAUGAUGCCACUCAGAGCCUCUUAUCAAACAGACCGCAAGGCACCAAAUGAAUUGUAAUAAAUAUUAAUGUCGUUCUCUGUUAACAAUAGAGCUAAAAUGUUUACAUAUCAAAGUCGAUCUUUUAGGUAUAUUGUAAACAAACUUGUGAAAGCUCGAGUCGUGUGAGUUUUGGGUAUGUCAAAGUAUGUUACGCCAAUUAGAGAAAACGCCAUAUAUUUAAUUUGUCCUCAUAAGGUUGUCCGAUAAGGUUUUGAAACCUAGUUGUGCUCCCGGCUAAAUGAUUGAAGAGGGUGAUGGCCCCAGGGUGACAAUUAAGAGGGUCCAACAUAGGUUUGGCGGGAUACAGGAUGAGGCUUAAAAUCGAGGCGGGAUGAAGGAUAUGAGAAAUUUUAAAGGCGAGAUGCGCGAUGAAAGUAGGCAGACGAGACCGGGAUAUGCUUCGUUUCGAUGGCGGAAUAAGGCAUAGGAGGGGUAUAGGCGGGAUCAUAAUUUAGCUCAAGUGGCGAGUCAAUAGACUUCAGAGACACUAAAAAGUAUUUAUUUGCUUUAUCAAAACGAGCUUUGUGAUUCCCAAAAACCGCGGAUAAAAAUACAUGAAAUUCCCAUGUUUUACUAAUGUUACGUGGUUUGUUGCGUAAGUAACACGUGACGUAAGUUAAUCAUAACCUUAACCAGGAAAAGGUGGUCAAAAGCCGCAGUGAGCACGUUGACAACGUUGCCGGUUCAUUCACAACAGCGUUAUUUCCGUGACAGCGACACCAUCAAUAUCGCUAACCUCACGGAAAGUUCAAUAUCAACCAUAGCCUAAAAAAUUUCAGGAAGAGAAUGAAAACUCAAUUCAAUCCUCCGUAGGUGACGUUUUUGUGUCUUACUCUUAACCAUUUUUUUUAGCAAGUUUGUGCCUUUCUCCUUAAUGAGAGUAUAUGGUCAAUAUUGCAAAGGCUAUAUCAGUUAAAAUAAGACAGUGAAUUAGGGCAACUUGGAUUUAACUAGGCGGGUUUGGGAUAAAAAUGUUCAUCGCAGCGGAAUGGCGGGAUGGAAUAAAAAAUAGCGGUGUUCCUACUUCACGAGCUAUCCGCACACGUCCGAGAAAAUAGCGGUGGUCGUAUUUCACGGGCUAUUCGCACACGUCCACGUUGUGCAUUUCAUAGUGUAGACUCACCUCCAAGAAAAAAGGCUGGUGUAAAUCUAGUUUUCUUUAUCAGCUAGAAUCGAAAGAUAUAUGCCAUCUGCGCUUAGAGUCCGACUCGGUCACGUGUUACAGGUAAUUGUGUCACGUGUACCUCGCAGUUCAUUACAUAGCUACUCAAUGAUUCUUAGCACAGUCCAGCUACCCCUGUUGAGAAAACUAACAAUUUCAAAUGGCCCUAACUCAGACAAAGCGUCUCGUAUAUUUUACCUAUCUUUUGACCACUGACGAGAAAGAACUGACGGGGAGAGAGAGAUGAUAUGCAGAGUAACCUCCAUUCAGGGGUUCUGGAACAGGGCCAGUGUCCCCUGAAUAGAAGUGUCCCAUCAUGUAUUUUUUGUGGACCGCGUCGAUGUCCUUGAAUUCUCCAUUGCAAGCCCUCCGAUCGAGAAUAACUUUUCUUUCCAUGUGCCGGACUUUUUUACUUCUUCAUCUCCUCUACUGAUAAACCGUUCAUUACAUUGGCCGGAUGAAAUUUCUCCGCGUAAAUUUUUUGGUAAACAACAAUGAAGAAAUUGAAAUACAUGUAGAUAUGAUUCUCUUUACCUUAUAUUUAAGGCAAGUGGAAGUCAUUUCUGUGCACCAAAGAUAUCCUCACUGAGUCAGCUCAGUUGUUCAAGUCUGACUGAGUUCAAUUCAUAAAGAAUACCAGAAGGGGGAACAACUUUACUUAACAACCAGUGAUUGAGAGAAAGUACGACUGUAAAACUUGUAUAAAACGUAGGUAGAAUGGUUCAGUAAACGUUUGAUUUAAGUAGCCUAUUCGUCUCAUUACAUAAGGUUGAAAAGUAUCGACAGGCGUUCAAGAAGAAAUGAAGCAAAUAAACGAGCAAAAAUUCACAAAAUUUCAGAAAGAACGGUUAUGCAACCAAAGCUAAACUCGUUUUCCUUCUUUUUUUUUUGUUGACUUUUUACCAAGGUUUUAGUUUAGGCUAAUGGUAGUUCUUAUUCUCUUCCGUCAAACGUGAAUACGUCAGGGGGUCAUGCAAAGUCACGCGCUUCUUUUCAUCGCUCGCUCAACAACCUCGGGAUUUGUGUUUCUAAUGGUCCGUUAAAUUGUUUGUAAUUUAGUUUAUUUUGAGAAAAAUUUUUGGUUGGGAGUUCAAUUUAAGAGCAUUAACAAAACGCUUAGGAGAAUCCGGCUCAUAAGUUGACAUCAUGGUGUUUUUUCACAUUUUAUGUAGCGCCGAUAUUGCUGCAUUAAUCCAUUUGACAAGUUGGUACGUGCUUGGUUUUAUGAUCAAUUUCGUCGUCAACCGUAGAGUCACAUCCGGUGUUAUUCACUGCUGCGUUACUCACGCUGCGCUAAUUAUUAUCUACUAUAAAACUGUACACUCUAAGCCAGCUUUCAGCAGGUCUUCAAGCUCUGCUGCCUACAUCUAUCAUGUGCGAUUGAAGAUCGCACUACAUAGUCGACCGAGCGGUGAGUUUGUAUGAUAUGUAAAAUCCUUACUUUGCCGGAGUAGACUGAAAAUUCGUAGAGUUCUGAUGUCGAGGCUUGAUUAGAAACCGGAUUUCGCCGGGCCAGAAGCAAAAAUUGAAGAAAACUGCAGUGAUUCAGACAAACAAGAUGUCAAAAACUUUCAAAUCACAGAGCUAAAAUGAGAUCCGAUACAAUCACAGCGAAACAGUGUUGAGAAUGAUUUGUUGUGACAUUUUUUUUUGUCAGAAUUUUAUUUGAUAAAGUCGAUUUGACAAAACAAAUUUCGCACGAAUAUAUUAAAUGGAAUCAAUGAAAGAGAAACCCUACCUGUAGGAAUUGUGGUUAAUAAUUUCGGAAAUUCCACAUUUGGCUUCUCGAACCAAUGUUGAAAGAUGUUGAUAUUUUUAUUUCUGGUUCGUAACCACAAGCAUUGCUUUCGAUAUUCAUUCCUAUAAUAUCUAAAAUAUCCGUCAGAUAUCUAUUAACAAUAAUUUUUGUCGUGCCAUGUUUAUAAUUUUGCGAAAAUAAUUUCCGUCGCUCGUCAUUGUUUUGCCUAGGGAUGCACUAAUGAAUAAAAAUAAUAAAAGAGAACUCUAAAAGAUUACUUGGAUUAGAAACUGAAUAAAACAGGAUUCAAAGCAAUCAAGUAAAUUGAACUUAGCCGGGGAGUUCAGAUUAUUCAUUUUAAACUGCUGUUUUUUAAAAAGUACUUUCACGAGCUCGCAGCAUGGGGAAAUGAUUGUUCUCUUCCUGAAAAUGUAAACAGCCUUGAAAUCAAUUUAAAAUAAGCAUUCAGCCUUUUGCGAAUCGCCGCUUAUCUCGCUGUUCAAGGCUAUUCACUGAUUUCUUAAGUAUUGCAGCUGGAAAAUGGAAGGAAGUGUUAAAGUUCAAAUUCUCAAAGCAACCGUCAGAUUAAAAGAAUAAAAAGAAAACACACAACUUGACAAAGAUUAAUUCUCUAAUUCCGACACGUCUAAGCGGUGCAUCAAAUACUUUGCCCCAGGCUGAAUAUAAUAAUCACUGACAAAUUUCUUGUUUAACAAUGAAAACGUGGAUUUUGUUCCAAAAUUUGAAUAACGUAAAAAAAAAUUUUAAUAUUCUUUCUCCUUUUUUCGAGGUUUUUCUAAAGUUAGUUAUGUUGAUAAUUAUGAACCUUCGCCAUUCCACCCUCAAUCUGCAUUGCAACUUUCCGUGCUUUUUGCGCCUUCAUAACCGUUCGUGAGCGUUUUAGGGCUCAGUUUGAUGUCAUGUAAAACUCACCAGGAAUUGUUCGGUGGCUAGCAUGUGACUUAUAUAUGUUUGAUGAGACUAAGCGGGGAAAAAGUUCGCUCGAUGACCAGCAUAUGAUUUGUUUAUAACCGAUUCUAUUGAUCGGUGAAACUGGCAAACACCCAGCGCUUUAGUAGCCAAGUAGACACGUGGGAUCACGUAGAACAUCGAAAAAAAUUAAACAAGACAAAAUAAUAAUAAAAAAAAAACAUGACAAAGAGUUUUAAAGCAAGAUAGCAGAGUUAAUCAAAACAAUUUAAGAUUUAUUCUUGAGUGUUCCCGAUUGAGAUUACACAAUAAUGUAGAAUUGGAUUACUUCAAUCGAAGGACUGAACAAGAGAAAAUAAAGGAUUUUUACCAUCAUGUUGAUAAUAAAUUGAAACCGGUUUUUAAUCGAACUAACCCUUUCAAUAGUUGUUUUUUUUUCCAGUCGGGGGCUUUGAGAAUCGCACACCAAGUGCUAAAAUACAAUGUCAAGCGAUUAAGUGAUGCGUCAGGAAUCUUUAUCCCUUAAUUCGAUCCGAGCGUGGGGUUAUUCCCUUUAAUUCUAAAAGGGCCGGCAUAAAAAAAACUUUAAUUUUGUAAUCGCUUUCGUAGGUGUGGUUUUCAGUGUCAACUUCAUUGCUGCAAAGUUCCCCACUCUACGGUGAAUUUUGCACGGGGACGGAUAGCUUUACGAGCAUUACCGUACCGUAAGUAAUAGUAAAUCUAUUAGUUUCUUUCAAAAGCUGCUUUUGAUGUAAAUCAGUUUAAAUGUUUUUCUUGUUGAUCGACAAAAUUUCAGGUGGCUUAAUUUUUUUUUUUUUAACGCAAGUCGAAAAUCAUUUAGUGGUUAUAUCGAGUAGGUUCAUUUAAUUUGACAAGGUAGAUUAUACUUUUUUAUCUCAGUUUUAUAACAGUUCGAUCUGAUUUUCGGUCAGGGUGCAAACGAGUUCAGCAUUUGACAAAGCAUAGCAAAUACGACAAAUUAAAAAAGUUGACAGUUUAAAGAAGUUUAGCAAAUUGAACCAGAUUGCGAAUGAGGUGUUUAACUUAUUCAUUGCCUCAGCGAAACUGACAAAGACAAAUUGUAUAAAUCUUGAUUUUCAAAGUGUGUGACGCUGUAAACAACAUAUUAUACCGGCAAGUGGUAAUUUUACUGACCGCAAAAGCAUCUUUUCUGGACAUUUUUGUCAUUAACUUAGGGACUAUGACGUACAUCAGGAAGUCUUUAGACAUGUUCUUCUCUCUUCGUUCUUUUUCUUUUAGUUGAGUCUUUAAACGUUAAAAAAAAUCUUUUUUAUUUCGAUCUUCAGUGUGAUCCUAGGGUUGAGUUUGGGCAAAAUAAUUUUUUUUCGCAAAAAAGCAAUAACAUUUUCAUAAUUUUUUUUGGCGUAAAUUCACGAAAAUAUCUAUCAAAAUUUAAAUUGAAAAAAAGAUUGAAAAUGCCUCCCAAGUGUGAAAAUUAAGCUGUUAUAAGAAUGUUCUUGGAAAGGGGACAAAUCAAACUAGCACCCUUAGAUUACGAUUUCGAGCACGUUUUCCAAUAACCAAGUCUACCAACAGAAAUCUCCCCCUCCCCUGGUUGUAAAGUCGCGUAGAAGGGAAAUAAUUCCAAUAUUUUAACUCACGUCAGUCCGAAGAAAAAUACGUGGUAAAAAACCAUUUAUCAGUUAUUAAUGCAAAUAUGUGUAAGCCCUAAGUCGACGAAUAUGUUUUACCCUGCUGGGAAAUAUUAAUAUUAAAUUUGUCGGGAAAAGAUUAAGGUGAUAUUUACGAAAUUGUUUUUUUUAAUUAAUUUUGAUUCUCGAGUGUGUCAGGAGUGCUAUAAUUUGAACAGAAAAUAACUUCUGUGGCCAGUCGCACGGGUAAAUUAUCUCGGAAGAACGAUUUUUUCAUUAUUGAAGAAGUGGGUUGAUUUAAAGGGAGAAGAUUAUUUGUGGUCAUUUACACGGUAAUAAAUUCAUAUGCAAUAUCGGUGAGCUUUGGAUCAGCUUUCAAUUCCGAAUGACGGAAAACGAUUGAGAAAUGUUAAUUGUGACAUUCAGCGUUAAAGAAAGUUUGCGAGACCACCGGGUUUUGUAAACAAUGGCAGACUUAAGAUAAAUGAUCCUAAAAAUAUUCAUUAUCAGUAAGAAAGACCAUAGCGAAACUUUGCGGCUGGUCUGUUGACCUGCCAAUUGGCUGGAAAUUUCUACUUAAGCUCUUUUUACGACUCAUUAUUGUGCCAACGAAAAAAAUCUCGAUUAAUAUGCUCGAACAUAAGUCGACAUUGACGGGGAGUGUAUAAUUUGUAGCCUGCGCGCAUUAUCAGAAAUCUCUUGUCACAAAAGUAAGAGCCUGGCAUUGUUUCAGGAUCCAGUCAUAUUGAUAGGCGCGACUUUGCCACGGCAAAUAUGAGAUAGCAUUUAACAUGGACUUUGACUGCAUUGAAAAAGCGAGCGAAUGGAACCGGCGCAACGUGCAAUAUGGUUUUACACAGGAUUCUUAACUGUGACAGGUAUGGUUUAUUGCCCCAACUGUAUUUUAAAGAAUGGAAAAAUAGAAAAAAGUCCACAGUGGGGCAAAGUUUGGUAUGGAAUUAGCUUCGAAGUGAGUGCUAUGGUACUGUUAGUUUGGUGUGUAGAAUUAGCAUGCGAUAGAAAGACUAAAGAAUAUUUUCAAGAGCUGUAGCAAGAUGUAAUAAUUUAUUUGCCGACUCGAGUAGUUUCCGAGUGUUUCCUCUGAUCGGGUUUCCUCGAUACUUAAAAUUUACGCGUAGGAAAGCGUAUCUCUAGCAACUAAGUAUUACGAAACGCGCAAUUUUGAAAUCAGGAUCGCAGGCAGCCUUUUUUAAAGACGAGUGCGCCCUCUGGGUACAGAACCCCUAAAUUGUGAAUGAGCUGAUAGCCGUAUCUGAGGCGAGCUCAGCAUACUGUUCGUUAAGAAGGAAAAAAACACCUCAUUGGAAAUUCUAUAUCGACCAGCGCGACUCAUACAGAAGUGUUGGUGCAUCACAAGAAAUUUUCGUUCACCUGCUUACCCAGCCAUAAUCAUAUGUUAAAUCUAACAAUUUAGGAUUGAGAAAGACUUCUGCGUCGAAAACGAUAAAAAAAUAAUUGCUUUUAAAUCGAAAUUUAGAUUUUUACAAAUACAUUUACUUUUACUUCAACUUUCUCGGUCGGUGGGUAAAGCAGUGUUGUUAAAUGAUCAAGAAGAUGAAAGAGCCAUAGAUCGUGGUAUAUAACUCGAGUUAAUGAUAUUUAACCAAAACUCAAGCAACAAAAGGAGAAAUUUGUAGCAGAUUGUAUCGAGAGCAUAAAAACUCUGGCAGAAAAAAGGGCAUCUUACAAAUAGUUAUGCAAUAUAUCGUUGUGAAUUACAUAGUGUUAUAUGAUUCAAUGAUAAAUAUUUUGAUCUUCAUUUUUCUUCGAGGAUUUACAUAUUUCAUUCGGUUUGGGCACCCAUUUUUGUCGAUCUUCUUUUCAUAUUUCAAAACCAAUCAUCAUCGUAAUGACUGAUUUCCUCUCUCAUUCUCUCUUUUUUAUUUUUUUUUUAUAAUUCAAGUUUGGAAGUGCCGCGUAGUUCCUUCCAGGGGCUCCCAGAAUUUAGUGCACCUGCCCCCUGACAUGCAGCUUAACUCGGAGCUAAUUCACAACGACAAUUUCCUUCAGUUGACUAUGAGUUCUGGGAGAGAAAUUUGAUUUGCCCCCAACUAAAUCUUUGUCAAGGAAACAGUCGAUUUGAAUUCAUGCAGUUAUUGCAGCAGGAAGACAAGCGGCGACUUGUCGCUGAGUAUGUUUGGAUCACAAAUCUUUCAUCGCCAAAAUCUCUUUUAAAUUCCCCCAUCCGUCUGCCACGUAUUUCUUGGAAUUUUAACGGCGAGAAUUUGGUGUCAAAUCAAAUAACAUUGUCUGCUUGAUUUUAUUUUAUGUCUUCUCAUCGCCAUCAUUAUUUUGAUAAUUGUAAGGAGAAAAUAAGUACCGAUCACCCUGGGAGUUAGCAGUCGAUGAAAAUCACCCAAUCCAUUUUGUUUUUUUCUCUUUUCCACGGUCCUAAUGUAUCUUAUAUGCACCACAAGGUUACCCUUUAAGACUGUGAUUACCAGCUGACUGAUUUAGAGAUCAUCAAGUGUGAGGAACGAUUCGUAAAACUUCAGCGAAUUACAAAGAAAAGAUUUAAGCAAAGGUGGACUGUAAUUUAAACAACUGUAGAAGAGUAGCCGGAAAAAUUCCGGCCUUGAUGACAUUCGAACCCAGGCCUUCCAGGUACUAGCUGAACCUCACUACCAACUGAGCUCUGAAGCCACAUGUUAGGAGAGGAAAAAUUUAAGAGGGUGUUUGCUUGAUUUUCAUCCGCAGGUCAUUUGAAUCUUACUUCAUUUAAUUUGUGGAAAAGGAAUUGUAACAGCUAACUUUUUGUAAAGCUAUUAAACUGUCAUAGGACUUGUAUUUCUAUCGUUUUUUUUCGGUCAUGGAGUAAUUAAAAAUGUUUUAGACCCCAGAACGAAGCUAUGUAAUGAAUUGAACGUUACACUCUCAAUUGUGUCGCACAGCAUCAACAUUGUGACUUACAAGAGACAAAGUAUUGAAAACAAAAUUGUAUCGAUCGCGUGCUCUGGCCACAAAAAGUGAUGAAGAUUUUAAUUUCACAUAAAUAAUUCGGGAGAAGAUUGUGGAAAAGCUUAUUUCUUAUCGAGUAGCUUUUUAGGACCUGGAUUAUUCGACCCUGUGUCUGUUAUGAUUCAUGAUAGGAGUCAUGAAAUAAUGAGAAAACUCAACAAGGAAUUUUUUUUCCUUCGUGGUAUGGUUAAAUUGCGACUAAAAGAACAGAUUUUUCUUGCGGAAGCGUUUGGCCUGGUAAUGUCGAUGGAAAGAUAUAACAAGUACUUCCUGGACUAGGGGGGAUGUUACGAAAUAUUUAUCAGCAAAGGAGGAAUUUUGUCAGCUGCUGUAGAUGACGUGAUAGGGUCGACCUUCUGGGAAAGUGUGAAGGAUUUUAAAGAAAUUCUUUUCUAGCACGUAAUCUUUUAAAGAUUCUCCACUGAGUUCAGUUAAAUGUUGACCUGUGCCGAGAAAAAGUUCCUUGUGUCAACAAGCCGUAACUUUAGAUCAGGAAGCAUAAUUUGUUAUCCUCUCCUGUAACUAUUCUUUCUGCCUGUUUUCGUCAUUUCCUCAAUUUUUUUCAACAUGAACGCCGAACGUCUUACCUAGUGACCUCAUUUGCAUCAUAGAUUAAUCUCUUAAUGACGCAAAGUUGAACAGUACGAAUGGCUAUAUUUCCUUUUGGUGAUUACAACCAAAGUUGCGCAACAUUAGUUUCGUGCGAUUCUUGUUGUAAAAAAACCAAACUUAUUUUUAUAAUUGAUAAGUCUUAUCGAAGUGACGCAGAGAUCAGGCUGUCAAAUCCUAAGCCCUUUUGAGGUCAAAACCUCCGUCGGAAGAGGCAAAGUUUUCAUGAAAGAUGUAAGAUAUGCUCCCUUUGCUGCAAUUUAACGUAUAUAGUAUUAAAAUCGAAGCCGCACUUUACACGAAGGUCACGGACGGGAGCAGCUUAGUUACCUCGCCUUUGGGAAGCGGUAAACCGUCGGGGAAAAAAAUUUUCGUUUAAGUGGCAAACUUCCAGCAUUUAAACCAUCCCCUCGACCGGUUUCUUAGUAACUUCACAUCUGGUAACGGUUCGUUUAUAAUUUUACGGCGCUAGUAACGAACAACCCUUUGUGGCUGACAAAGCACCGACAAGGUGAGUUGUGUUAUACUUGACUGUCUCUCUCGAUGUUUUCUUUGGCUGGUAAUGCCAAUUUUUGUGGUACCUUAUCCGUAAAAUCCUUUGAAACGAGUUUGGCGUAUCGGGUAAAAUAUUUACACAAGUGUUAAGAAAAAAUAACAGUAGAUCUUGAAAUAAUAGCUCUUUCUGGAAUUGAUUACUUGUUCUAGAGCGCGAACUCUUACGAAGGCUUCUCUGUAGGUGGGUAUAUCAGUAUGAUUUAUGUCCUUCCGUUUCGAAGUCGAAAAUUCUUGUGAAACCGCGUGCUGAAGGGAAAAAUACGUGUCAUGAAUGAGAUGUAUUUAUUUCACGUUCCAUUGCACAAAUUAUCACUAUUGUCCGUGACCGUAGAGGAGUGGACGUCUAUGUUCACCAAAUGUUCAAUUCUCUGACUGAGUGACGCCAGGCGGAAAGAGUACGUUUCAAGGACUUCUCGUUCCUUUUUCAAAACUUCGCGGUCACGAUUCGAAACUGUAGGGAAAAUAGAAGUUCAGGCGACUUUCGCUGACAGAGUUCAUGAAAUUCCUAGGAUUUCGAUAGAUUUUAUUUUUGGACAGAAGCAUGGUUUACAAUAGGGCGAAUGUAAUCCCGAACACAGACUAAACAUCGAUAACAGACAGCUUAAAUCUGAGAUAUCUCGGAUGAUAAGAUUCAACCGAAGGUUAUCGAAAGAUUACUUUCAUGGAUUGUUUUUCUGCGAAAGGGAAAACUCCAUUCACAACGUUUUAUAUGUUGUAUAGUCAGCAGAUAACUUAGAAGAAGAUGCAGGAACACGCGAGUAUUUGUAUAAUCGGAAAUGGAUAGGAAAUGGAACUCACACUUACGGAAAAAGUUCUAAACUUUAUUCACGUUUAGAAAAUUGUAAUUUGUUAUGUGUAAAACUGUGGAUAUGACUUUCGUCUACUGUCAGUUAACGAAUAUAUAUAAUUACGUUCUAACACUAACCUUUUGGGUCAGGGAUCAGUCAUUCUUCAAUCACCCACUAAGGCUGUAUGCAAUUAAAUAUCAAAGCAGUUUAAUUAAGUGAUCAUAGUAAUGAUAUCAGCGUUCAAAAGUCUAUCAAGUUGCUUUAGUCUAUCGAUGAACAUGCCGCGGCCUUGUUGCUAAUUUCAAUAGCUGAGAAAAAAAAACUCAUGCAUUAAUUUUUCUUGGCAAGAAGCCUGAAGAAAUGUUUGCCAAUAUCUGAAGUCAAACCCGUUUUCUUUCUCGUACGGAUACUUAUUGGCGCGAGUCGUCGUUCGUGCGCGUCUUUCCUUCUUUUCCAUUACAGUUUUAUCUGAUCUAAUCUUAUUCAAGGAAAGGGCGGGGACAAAUAACUUGGACGUUUUUCGACAAAUUCGCACGUAUUUUAAAGCAACUCCUGUUUUUGCCAUAAUAAUUGCGUUGAGUAAAAUUUUUAGGAAUGAUUUCAUGACCCGUAUGUUUCAAUUAGUCUCGACUAUUCUUGAGCACUCCAUAUUGACAGAUAUUAACACAAGCUAUCCGAUAGCAACUUUAAAACUGUUCAAACUCACCUAUGCAAUUUCAAAUUCAAAUAUCCCUUUUUGUGAAAAGAGAGAAUUUUUUUGUAAGCAAUAGUCAUAUAGAGUUUGUGGAAGCUUCUGAAUAAGUAAUCAUGUACGGAUUUACGGAAUCAUGAAUUAUCCGUCGCGAAGGCAACAUAGUAGUUGCGCAAUUUCAAAAUUCCAUAAUUUCAAGUUGUUAAAAAGAUCGUGUCAACGAGAGUUUUAAAUUCAAGAUUAAAUGCUUCGUUGUAGCUGUUCAAAGACGUUUUCAUAGUUCUCACUACUGUACAGCUCCGCAAAUGAUCCCGGGACCGCAAAUGAUCCUAUGACCCUACAAAUUUAUUUAAGAUAAAUGCAUUUUCUUUUUUUUUCGUAUUCGUAAUUUAAGGAAAACUACACUACUUAGCUAGCGAACACAGCUAAUUGAUUGAAAUAUUUCAUUCUAGCAAAAUAAUGGUAGAAUCAGUGGAAACACAUGGACAGUCAGAUACAUAUAUUUUCCGGUACGAAUCAAUUACUAAACACCUAUGUAAACAAAGGAAGUUUAAUAAUACAAAUGUCAACUCGACAGACUACCGCUCUGCUCCCGAAAUUAUCCACCACGGUUCGAGCCGAUCUAAGACACUUAAAACCUUACAGGAGAGCUCUGUGAUGAAUUGUUUUCUUUCGUUAAUCAAAGCUUUUCAAGGAACUUAUUUCCGGUAAUGUUUCAAAAUAGUGAUUAAUUUUGUUUUGUAUAGUGGCACCCUUUUUUUCAUUUUUUAUUUCAGGUUCAUCACAGUGGCCAUAACAAACAUUUUAAUGAAAAUAACCUUGCAAUUGUGAGUAUGUUUCAUAAUCGAUGAAGCUCACAUUAACCAAAGACUUUGUUUUUCCUUAUCCCAUGCAAACUAUGCUGUGACAUCUUUCUAAAAAAGGUAACCUGGUAACAUAUUCUUCCAAAUGAUUCAAAUGUACUUAGACGCUUCCUUUGGUUGUAGAAGCAACUUCGAAUGGAAAAAAAUAAAAAAAAUAAAAACAAGGCCAACACUUUUUCUUUUCAGGCAAUUAGCGAAUGGGCCUUAUUGGAAGUGCUUUUGACACUCAAGCUCAUUAUUGCAAAUAAAUUUUCCCUGUAAUAAGCGCAAGUGUUGUUCAGGUGGCAAGCCGAUAUUUAUCUUAAAGAUCUUUGAUAAUUGCAUGUCAGACCGACGCCUCUUCUUAGAUUGAUACGCAGAGGAAUCAAUACAUUUCCUUCAUGUACCACUAACAAGAAGAGUGUUGAACGUGCCUCGGUGCUUUCGUUUGCCAAAAUGUUAAUUUUCUUACUGAAAACCGUGGGUAGAGCAUUUUUAAAGCCAACAGGGAUACAAACUCGCUGUAAGGUUUGUUCGUUUCUUAUUCUUGGUAUUUUUUGGUUUCCUCAUACGGAAUCGACUGAGUCAACCCAGUCAGUUUUGAUGCAGUAGGUUCUCAGUAUAGAAGCUAUAUUGUGCUUCAGUAGCGAGUUAUUUGUUUUUGGCGAAACACUCCCAUAGACUGGUAAUAGUUGUUGUGAGAGUAGUUUAUUUUGACAAUUAGCUCGCACGCGUGCCUUUGACUUCAUUGGGAUGCCUCGCGGCGUUUUUGAGAGGUCUGUACGUCUUUUGUCAGUUUUGAACAACUUAUUUUAAGUCACUUGUACGAAAACAGUCACGGAGAUUAAGCUUGCUUAUUUUCUUUCGCCUUUUUAUGUCAGCAUGUGAAGAAUGGCUCUUUCAUGGAUAAGCCGCCCCGAGAUCUAAACGAUCGAAAAGAAGUAGAACACAUACGGUGUAGUUAUCAUGUUCUUUCUGACAAUUUUUUCGCUGUCGUUCCACGUUAAAAUUUCAAGUUCUAUCGAUUGCAAACGAGGUUGCAAAGGUAUAUUUAUUUGCUCGAAGAAAUGACUAUAAUAAAGAGAAAGAACAGUUGUUCAUCCAUCUGACUUUUUAUUGUAGUUACUAUAGAAACCACUCCACGGUAAUUAGGCUGUCAGAUGGGCAAAUAAAUCGUCGCGAUAAAGGUAGAUUACUACCUGAAACUAUAAGGUUAAAACUAUGUUUCUCGUGAAAGUGAGAGGAGGAAAUUCAUGGCUCGAGGCAAAUUAUCAAUUUCCGUCUUGGAAACUUUUUAUCAUCGGGGAUGAAGCUGAUAAAGGCGAUUGUUUCCAUGCCAGUGCUGUACAGGCCUCUUUUGUAUCAAACAAAUUUGUGUGUGUUAGCUGGCGAGCGAAUACCGUCGAUAUUUCUUGAAGUUUUCCUGUGAGUUUUCUUGCUGUGCCGUAAAUGUUUUGAUCGUUACCUUACAGUAAGAAACUGAACCAUAAUGUGUGGAAUAUUACGUUGAAAAGCCCUGCUGGUAUUGAUACCUAAUUAUAUUCAACUGAGAUCUAAAUGAAAGACCAUUAGACGAAGCCAUUGUAUCUGAUAUUGUUCCAGUGCUUUUUGUGUGUGGGUUAAAUUUUUCAUUUCAAUUUUUCUGAACUGAACCGUAAAUAUGUCUAACUAAAAAUCUAGUAUUUUAUCCACCGAGCGAGCCCAACACCUACUCGCAAAGAGGCUUAUCGAUAUUCGGCUUCCAGGUCGAAUGGUAACAAAAUAAUUGUAAUUCUCGUAUGUUAUGUUCGUUAUCUACGUUCUGAUGACACCACCAAAUCAUUUUAAUGGACAAUGCUUUCAGUCCAUUGUACAUGUGCGAAACAACAUUCAAUGUCCUAAUUGAAUUCUUUUAUUAUAAACUUUCGAACGCGUUCAUGAAGUUCGAAGAAUUUUUCCUUUUAUCCUUAAUUGAAUUUAGAACGUCAUAUAUGAAACGCCUUACGUUCCAAAAAGAUCUGUUCUGGGACUCAAAGACGUUGAUUUUGAAGUUAACAAGAACUCAUGUUGGUCAUGCCUAAUUAAGAUACAUUUUAAAGGGAUUAGCGUCUGUGGUUUAAUACAAUUGUCCAAACAGAGAUUUUUACUUUGGGAGGCAUGUGACGCACAUAUUACCUAAAUUACGAGGAUUGUGUUUUUGAAAUAGUUUGAUGUAUAUGUUUAUCAGGAAGCCUUUUCUCAUUUUUCAUGUUUUGCAGGCAACACUUCGCAAAGAUCCACACUCUGCGAGUUCCUUUGACGAGUAAGAAGUGCUUGGUAUCAGUUUGGAACGCAAAGGUGAUUACACUCGUGGACAUAAUCACUCGCCUUAAAAGCAUUUUGACGUCAAAGUAGUGUGUCUCCUUGGUAUUUACAUUGCGAAUUGUCAGCUUAGUCUGUUAGUCAGAUACCAACCACUUCGAAACCACAGUUUCAUCUUAGAGUGUAGUGUAUUCAAAGAAAGAAGUAGAAAAGAUUUAAAAAGGAAAGCUCUGAAUCUUGGAAAGGAUUGCUUAACAAUUCAUCCAUCGAUUUCUAACUAACAAACUACCAAGGAAUUUUUUCUUUGGAAAACUAAAGGACAAAGACUGCGAGAGUUAAAGGUCAUAAAGAACAUGGCAAGUUCAGGGAACCAAACCAAUCCAACACCAAAUAUGGAACUGCUAUGUCAAGAGAAAACGAAACUUGAGUACAUUUACCAAACAGCAUUUCUGAUCCUUAUCAUGCUGGUGACAUUCCUGGGAAACUUCAUGGUGUGCUUGACUGUAUACCUUCAUCAUCGGCUUCGCACGGUCACCAAUUACUUCAUCGUAUCUCUGGCCGUGUCAGAUUUGUUGCUCUCUCUUCUGUACGUUCCCUUUCGUAUUGACCAAACGAUUCACAAUAGUUACUGGUGCCCAAGAAAGGAAUUAUGUACAACGUGGAUCGUGAUAGAUUUAGUCUGUGCUGGUGCAUCAAUCUAUAACCUGGCUGCUAUCUCGGUGGACCGCUACAUCGCCAUUGUGCAUCCUUUCAGGUACCAUUCCUUGAUGACCACAAGGACUGCUUGGGUAAUCAUCGGAAUCAUCUGGGCCUACUCCAUAACCUGGGCGGGUCUUUCCGGCAUAAACUGGACAGACUCUCAGCAAUCACCAUAUAAUUGGUUUCCAAAGUGUUAUAAGCAAGAUAAGAUAUUUUACACUGUUACUACGGUCACGGACUUUUUUUUCCCACUUAUGGUCAUAUUGAUCAUGUACGGACUGGUAUUUCGUGUGGCCAUGAACCAAGCUCGAGCCGUAGCUUCUCUGCAACCUCAACUUUCUAAACAAGAUGGCCGCGGUCGAAGGUUUUCUAUCAACAUCGUUAAAGAAGUCAAAGCUGCCAAGACCUUGGCCAUUGUCAUCGGGGGAUUUGUCGUUUGCUGGUUGCCUUUCUUUGUCUUUUUGCUGGUCAGUCUGUGGGACAUAAAUCUGUUGAGGCCACCUAAAGUCUCGAAGGAGGUCCUCGACGGUUUGCGUGCGACAUUUUUGUACGUGUUACCGACAAUUAACAGCACGUUAAAUCCCAUUAUAUACGCACUAUUUAACAAGGAGUUUAGGACUGCAUUUGUUCGAUUGUUGCGGAGGACAUGUGGAAGAUCAUUGACUAAUUCGGAUGACAUCCAUUACAGCAUGAGUUCCAGCGUAAUGAACGGCAGCCCCAAAACUAAAACGAAUGGCAGAUCGAAAAAGACCAGAUUCCACGAGGUACAAGGCGAUGAGGACGCAAGUUCAUCAGACGAGCCAAAACAUGUUUAGAAUUGCUCUUUUCCCCACUGGGACCUGAUUUUCAUGGCCAUUCGGCUUGGGUUCCGAGAUAAAGAAUUGCCACCAGAUAACCAUCAGCUGAGAGACGAUGAAAUCCUUUGGAGACGAACCCUGCGAACAAUUUAAAAGUUUGUUUUUCCGCAAUAAGGAUCGUCGGGAAGAUUCAGCCUAUGAACUUAAAGGAACUGAUUUAAGUAAGUCAGGAAUAGUUACACUGGUUCAUCCUGAUGUUAUCCAUGAAAGUCUUUGAUUUUAGAGCAAGUUACUCCUGUCAUAUAACCAUUUUCAGUGAUGAAGAGUGUAACUAAAAUCUCAAGAGAAUAGAAGUGCCGUUAAUUCCCUCUUGUAAAAACAAAACGAUACAAAAAUUAAGACAAUUCUCAGUGUAUCAACAAAUCAUUCUUGAAAAGUAGCAGAUAUUUCUGUGAUAGAUAUUUUACCCAUCAUGCAUUGGUCGGCUUCGAACUGAAAAAAUGAGGGCUCAAUGCAACUUGUUCGUAAUUUGCACCCUCUCUUAAAGUUUCCAAAUCGCACAUGAUCGCACAGUUUUUAGGACCUUUCCAUCGGCGCGUAAGAUGGAUAAUUUAAAUUUGAGUACAUAUGUUGAUUAGUUACACGUUAAUUAGGAAACAUCUUGUAGAUUUGUUCAGUCCACUUAGGAAACGAACGCUCGUUGGAUCUAUUUAAAGCACAUGUCUGUCGUUUGUGAAGUUUUGUACAUUCUACCUUCU